UUCUUAGUUGGAUGCAACUUUAUAAGCGCCAUUUCUCCAUGUCUUUGGAGCACCUUUUGAGAGAGAGAUAGAGGAAGAGAGCUCUUGAGAAGAAGAAAACAUGGUGGGCAUUUCUCGUGAGCAAGAAUCUUGGGUUUCUUCAAGGAACCUAAACCAAGAAGAGGAUCAAACAGAAACUUCACACGUUCAAACAAACCUGGAUCAAAAUGAUGUUUUCUAUCAGGAAACUGAUGAAAUAUGGCAGAAAGUGAAUCAAACUGCCAUCAAGAACGACGAUAAUAGUAGUGGCAGAAGCAAUUUCAGCUCCAAAAGCAAGAGCAACAGCACGAAAAAGAAGAACCAGGUGUUGCUAGAAGGGUAUGUAGAGGUAGCUAAUAAUGAGGAUGAUUUGAAGAGGACCAAGAGCUUGACAGAUGAUGAUCUUGACGAGCUUAAAGGGUGCUUAGAUCUUGGGUUUGGUUUCAGCUAUGAUGAGAUCCCUGAGCUCUGUAACACCUUGCCAGCUCUUGAGCUUUGUUACUCCAUGAGUCAGAAGUUUCUUGAUGAGCAGCAUAAGUCUCCCGAGAGAAGCUCUCCUACUGCUGCUGAAACUGCAUCCAGCCCUAUUGCUAACUGGAAGAUCUCUAGUCCUGGUGACCAUCCGGAAGAUGUUAAAGCAAGGCUCAAAUUUUGGGCACAGGCUGUGGCAUGUACUGUUAGAUUGUGCAGCUGAAAGACAUUUAAGAAUUGAGUGAUGAUUUAUUGACGUGAAAGAAAAUGGAUGCAUAUUUUCUCAGUGAUGGGAAAUCAAAAGCCUGGACUUUCAUAAAGAGUCUGUGCUCCACUAUCCAUUCCAGUGCAACUUGCAGGAAUCAAAGUGCCUGCACAUUCUUUAGCUGGGAAUGAACUGGCCUUCGGUAUUAUAAUAGAAGAAGGGACAAGCUUCAGGUUUGAAAUUAACCGAAUACUCUUAUGAGUUUGAAUUAAUAAAGCGGAGAUGAAGACUAUGAUUAUUGUAUUCGGUGCAUUCAAAAUAAGCUAUUUUAAGAAUAAAAUUAUUUCUUCUUCUUAUCAUUUCAUAUUGUUGCUAGUUUGUGCUUGAUAUGGCUAUAGAUGUGCUCCAACCUGAGCUGUUGGCUUUUAUGCAGUGGUGAUAGCCUCCAAUAUAGAGCCUUCACCAACUACCUGCUGACCUCUGCAUUUGCUGAGGUAACUAAUCUAACUGGUUUAACUGUGUAUUUUGUUUUCACUGUUGUUGAUGCUUGAAUGGGAUGGUACCCUGAUACUAACAAUAUGCGUCUGCUAACUACUGACUCGUGAUAGUCCAUCCCGUGGAUAGAUGAACUACCCCAUUUGGCUGGUAGAGUGAAGACUGCUGGGGAGGAGGUGGGGAGAAGUGAAGAAGAAGAAUUGCAAAUUUGUAUUUCUAGACAUCAAUGUUAACCUGAUCAUCUUCUUUAUUUUUCCCUUAUUGUCUCCAGGAAUUGCAAAUGGUUGUCUUUUGAGACUUGUGUUAGCAUAGGAAUAACUUGGUCAUUGUUUCUGGUUGUGGCAAAUUCAAUGGAUUUGUUUUCAUUCGUCUAA